AUGAUGGAGUACAUCUCGGGCGUGGACCUGAUGCGCGUGGUGACCAAGGCUACGUACCUGAAUAUUGACCACGUGCAAAUUGUCAUGGCGCAACUAAUUCUGGCACUGGAGCAUCUUCAUUUACGAGGCUUCUUGCAUCGAGAUGUGAAGGUGUCCAACAUGCUCAUCGUUCCUGGCGGCCGGGUCAAGCUGAUUGACUUUGACACCAACAAGGUCUGCCUCGGUCACUUUUCGAAACGACUCGUAAAGGGAUACUUCGCCAGGACAGCGUUUGAAUUUCAUGACGGCGAAUCUGCGGGAACGAUCCCGUACAUGGCUCCCGAGAUUCUUAAACGGCGGCCGUACGCACCACUGAAGUGGCCCAAGACCGAGGAGCAUCCGCACUCGGCAACGCCAGAAGCUAAGGACAUGGUGUUCAAGCUUCUGCGGAAAAACCCCAUUGAAAGACUCGCCUCUCGGCAUUACCAGGACCUCAAGAACCACCCUUUCUUCGGCGGCUUCAACUGGAAAGUCUUGAGUGCGAACAAAUUUAUCUGCGAAAUACCGGCCAUCGCGGAAGCGAUGGGUGGCGGCGCCGCCACUUCGGCUGCCGUCGACGAGGGAGGCGGCCGUGAGGUCUCGAAGAAGCCCAGGUCGUCCAAGCCGCCUUCGAGAGGGGAGUCGCCGCCCGAGAGAAAGGAGGAGCCGCAGCUUUCCGCCGGUGCGACGACGAACACGAAGAAGCGGAAGCUGCAAAAGAUCGAAGACAUGAUCGACAUGGAGCCCGACCUGCAAAAACCGCUCUACACGUACGCCUCGGCCAGCUUCAAGAAGCUCGUCCUCACGGUGAGCUGA